AUGUGUCAGUUGAGAGAACAGCAUAUUUUCGUGUUAUGUGUCGUUCGGUUCAGUAUACGUUACGAAGCCACAGAGUAAACAGCAAGUGAUUCUCGAGAAGAUAAUACGUUCGAGCUAAACGAUGGCGAUUUCCAACAACGAUUCUACUGACUGUGAUGAUUCUUUGAUCGAAUUUGUCGUUUCCACAGACACGGCUACCGCACUGACAAACACCGAGCAAACAGAUGAAGAAAAACUAGAAAAAUUCAAGAGCUUGCGAGAAGAGCUCGACUGGGAGGACGUAGAAGAGCGCCAAUCGUUUUUCCAUAAAUUCCAACACUUGAUCGUCGGAUGGAAAGACCAUCUUCCCGAUCUCCACGACCUCUUCGAGCGAGAGGAAAUGGAUUGGAUGCUCACAGAGUGCGUACAGUGCGAAACUCUGGUAAGCGAUCCAGUCUCAUUCGUCGACUUUGUGGUCCGAACCGGCUACAAGGACGAGCCCGACCUGGACAAAGACAACAAGCCCGUGUUGCAUCGCGAUACACCGAUACACAAAGUGUAUGAUUCCUGCUUCGAGGAUCAGUUGAUACCCCUGCUCUUUGAAAUAUACGACAGUUUCGACGUGAACUACAUCAGCAGUGACGGCAUCACGCACUUUCAAGUGGCCAUCGAGUCGGGCUGCGCCGAGGUGGUGGAACAAUUCCUCGAUUACGGCCACGAUCCCGACGAGAUCCUCGACGAGGAAUCAGGCGACAGGCCGCUACACCUGGCCGUGACGUUCGAGCACUGCGACGUCGUCCGAGUGCUGCUGGAGAACGGGGCCGACCCGAAUUUGACAAACGAGAACGGAAUGAACGUUCUUCACACCGCUACCAUGAUGCAUGACGACGGCCAAGAGCUGGCGAUGAUAUUCGAGAUGAUAGUCGACAUCUGCGACGAGAUCGGCGAUCCGGUGCAAAUCGACGCCCUGGACAAGCACGGCCGAACACCGCUGCAGCUGGCCGUCCUGAAUCGCUUGCCGGAAGUCAUCGACGUACUCCUGGACAGUGGCGCCGACCUGUCCAAUUUCGUUUUUCCCAGCGAGAGCGACUUCGACAAGAGCUUCUCGGCGUGCACGUUGAAGGGAAAUGGGCUCAGAUUGCAAUUCGCGGCCGGUGCUCUGGCCUGCGUCGAACGCCUCGAGAGCAGAGGAUACACGCUUAAUCGAAGCGACGCCAUGAUGAUCAUGAAAUCGAUAAUCGAUCGAUUGCUGUUCGAUACGUCGGAGCUACUGAUCGACGAAACUUGGCGCGACGACGAGGACUUCGCAAAGUUGGCGAAAGACUUGAAGAUACAUCCGAGUUACACGCUCUACGACCUGACACGGUUACCCGCGAAGAAGCCGGAAAAACCACUCGCGUACGAGGAUUACGUCAAAUUAUCGCGAGCGCCGCUACUGUGGCAUUUCCCGAAAGGACCUCUCAACGCGUGCAUAGUGUACCUGUGCGAGAGAGUAUCGGUAGGAUUUUUCCAGCGGUACGCACUGGAGCCCCUGAUGGAGAUGAUGGGACACGAGCAUUCGAUGCUCUUCUGUCAAAAAGUCCUCAAGAAUCUGAAGAACGAGGAUUUGUUGAAUGUGUGCAUAGCGUUUGAGGAAGACCAAGUAAAAACCAAUAAAAUGAAGUUAAAGUACAAUAAAGUACCAAAACAAGUGAAAUCUUCGUAAAUCUUGAAAUAUUUUUGUUGAGAUUUGUUAAGAGGUUGUGUAUCAAUUUAAAAUUGUAUGAUAUAAAAAUAAAACUUUUAAAAUAAAUUUUAUACUCGAGAA